AUGGCGGGUAAGAAGCGGCCGAUAGCCAGCGCUCCGAGGCGGACGACGCGCGCAUCGACUUCUCGCAAUGCUCCGGCAGACAUAUAUCGGGAAAUGCUUGAAAAUGUAGAUGUGCAAGCUACUGCCAGCACCGAAACUGCAGAACCACCACGAAAGCGUCGUCGCCCCGGCGAAAGAACCGCUCCUGCUCGCACACCCACGAAGCCCAAGACCACGGUCCAGCAACCACCAACCACGGCUGAGCUCGAGGACGACGAUGAAGAUGAAGACGUCCAAUUUGAAGAUGUGGGGAUUCCCGCGCCAAAAAUGCAAACAAUCUAUCGAGACUCGGACGAGGAAGAGGACGAAGGAGAGGAGGAUGACGAUGAAGAGCAGCUCCAAUUCGAGGAUAUAGAUUUCUCCUUCCCGGAGCUGAACCUUGGCACAGAAACCAAAGAAGAAAAGCCACAGGAAAUACAAUUAGACCUUUCGAAACGAGCCGAGGCUAGCGAAGCCGCCAAAAGAGCCGUGAAUAGGAGAAAGCCGAUCAACAGGUCAGAAAAGGAACGUCGCAUUGACAUACACAAGACACAUCUCUUGUGUCUGUUAUCACAUGUAGCGCAGAGAAAUCGCUGGUGUAACGAUUCCGAAGUCCAGCGCACCCUCCGCCGGUCCAUGUUGAACAAGGAUCUCAGAAAAUACUUGACCCCAGGGCCUGAUCUCACACAGUUUGGACAGACCAAUUCUCUCAAGACUGGUCUGGAGAAGCUAGAGACAAUAUUCAGGACAAAGUAUGAAGUAACUGAAAGAGGCUUACGGCGUGCUUUGUGGGCUGAUAAGGAAGAGCAUCUGAAGGAGUAUCGAUUACCAGACGAUGUUGAAACCCCGAUGGAGAGGUCCGACUUUCGCGAAGCUGCAGCUUCCCUCAAGGGGUCAAGGGAUGUUGGUGCGCAAUUAUACUGCGCGCUACUGCGGAGCGCUGGCGUCGAAGCCCGUCUUGUCUGCUCACUGCAACCGCUGUCUUUUGCUUCUGGUGGCCCUACCAUGAGCAAGCCACCGAAGAAGCAGAGAUUAUCUCUUGAAGAACAGUAUGCAAAGCGUCCCAAAUAUGAUACUAGCUUUGAUAGCCCAGGUGUAAAGGCAGCGUCCCCUGCAGCAUCCGCCAUCCGCCGGCGGAUCGGCCAUCCUAACGCCACUGCAUUCAACAUGCCUCCAGUAACUGCACCUAUUGCUCCGGUUCCGUCGUCCGGGCCCCCAAAGAAGAUCAGGGAGUGCCCUUUCCCGGUGUAUUGGGUAGAGGUGCUUGAUGUUGGCCAUCAGAAAUGGCAACCUGUAGACCCUCUUGUGACCGUCUCAUUCUGGAAACCCAAGGUGCUCGAGCCGCCAGCGAGCGAACGCGACAAUUGCAUGACUUAUGUCGUCGGAUUCGAAGCAGAUGGCACAGCAAAGGACGUCACGAGGCGCUAUGCAAAGGCAUAUAAUGCCAAGACUAGGAAAAUGCGCAUCGAAAGCGUCGCAGCUAAUGGCGAAAGAUGGUGGAAGAAGGCGCUGAAAGCGUACAAGCGUGGAUUCGAGACGGACUUGGACCAGAUCGAGAACAAUGAAUUGAACGCGACAGAAUCUAGGGAACCAAUGCCUCGAAACGUAGCAGACUUUAAGGAUCACCCCAUCUAUGCUCUGCAGCGGCACCUACGGCGACACGAAGUAUUAAUACCUGGCGCAAAUACGGCUGGAACAAUCGGUGCCGGUAGUAAAGGCCCCUUGGAACGUAUAUAUCGCAGAAAAGAUGUUCGAGUUGCCCGGACAAAGGAAAAGUGGUAUCGGAUGGGCCGUGAAGUCCUUCCAAAUGAGAUUCCUGUCAAGUUUCUCCCAAAACGAGCGAAAAGGGGAACUGGACUCUUUGGCAGUGACGAAGAGGGCGAAGAAAAUGAAGAAGAUGCUGCAGGAACACCCAUUUUCACUGAGGAACAGACAGUCCUGUUCAAGCCGCCUCCCAUAGUGGACGGAGUUAUACCAAAGAACAGAUUUGGCAAUCUCGACGUUUAUGUGCCUACCAUGAUACCAGAAGGUGGCGCUUAUGUAGCACAUGAAUUUGGAGCGCAAGCAGCCUUUACCUUGGGUAUUGAUUAUGCUCCUGCCCUGACGGGUUUCCAGUUCAAAGGACGCAAAGGAACUGCGGUCUUGCAUGGCGCGGUCAUCGCUGCCGAGCAUGAAGAGGCAGUGAGGGCCGUCAUUGAGGGAUUGCAAGAUCAGGAGGCUGAGUUUGAGCGCGAGCGCAGAACCCGCGAGGUGCUGAGGAUGUGGAAGAAGUUGAUGAUGAAUCUAAGAAUCCGCCAGAGGAUCUGGGCGAAUGUGGACGAGGACGACGAGCGAGAACGGGAGGCCGCAAUUGAGCAACCCCAAGAAGUUGUCUCUCCAGAUGUUGAUGACGAAGUUGGGGAGCUGAGCAGCGGUGACGAGGUGCUCGCCGGCGGUUUUGUCAUUGACGAGGACGCAGAUUAUGGGCCAGGCGGUUUCUAG